CCUGUCACGUAUCACCGGAUUCACCGGUAUCGUUGUCCAAUCAUAUCUAUUGUGUGUUAUUGCUGAAAUUUGAUCAAGAAUCCAGAAGACAUUAUUCAAUAAUAUGUCUCAUUUCAAACUAAUAUCCUCAACAAAAGCAUCUGAUGUGAUUCCUGUGAACAAAUACAAGUCUGAAAGAACAGGCCUCACUGUAAUUAUAGCUGAUGUUGAGGGUCCGGUGGUGAACGGAUUUUUCUGUCUCGCGACCGAAGCCCAUGACGACGAUGGAUUGCCGCAUACAUUGGAACAUCUUAUUUUCCUUGGUUCUAAACGUUAUCCGUAUAAGGGAAUUCUCGAUUUGCUAGCCAAUCGUUGUAUGGCUCAAGGCACAAAUGCAUGGACCGACACUGACCACACCUGCUACACCAUUUACACGGCCGGAGACUGUGGGAUGUUGACGUUGUUACCAAUAUAUUUGGACCAUAUUUUGAAUCCUACACUAUCAGAUCAAGGUUUCCUGACUGAAGUACAUCACGUGGAUGGAGAAGGUGAUGAUGCGGGUGUUGUCUAUUGUGAGAUGCAGGGUCGAGAAAACACUGCAGACAGCAGGUGCGAAUUGAAGCUGUUGAGAGCAUCUUAUCCCAAUAGUGGGUACUCUGCUGAAACAGGAGGCAUCACAAAGAAUCUCAGGGAAUCUACUAAUAACACUAAAGUAAGAGACUUCCACAAGAAAUUUUACAGGCCCGAGAAUUUGACAAUCAUUCUAACUGGUCAAAUUAAGGCAGAAGAUGUAUUCAAUGCUCUGGCGACUGUGGAGGCAGAUAUCAUUGCCAAGCGCGAGAAGGAAGAAUUGGAGCCCUGGGUGAAACCUUGGCAGACCAUCCCACCGCUGCCCAACUAUGGCGAGUACAAGGAGCAGUGGCCGGCAGACACUGAGGACUGUGGACAGAUCUUAUUCGGCUGGCGCGGACCUACGCUAACGACGCCGUCAUCCACAAAGGAGUUGACGGCUUGCGCGGUGGCGCUACGCUACCUGUGCGACACGGCCGCCGCGCCGCUGCAGCGCUGCCUCGUGGAGCGCGAGGACGCCCGCGCCGGCGACGUAUCCUACAACCUAACCGAGAACAUAGCUUCCCUGAUCAAGAUCCAGCUGGACAAUGUCCCCAUCGACAAACUGGAACUAGCCCGGGACGAGGCAACCAAGUGCCUGCAGUGCGUCCGGGACGGCCAGGAACCCUUCAACAUGGAGCGAAUGAACCGGCUCUUGAAGAAACAGCUGAGGGAGUGCUUUGCGGGGCUCGAGUCUGAUCCGCAUCAUGCUAUUGCUUUUAGGUGUAUUGGGGACGCGCUCUAUUCGCAGAAUGAGAAAGACUUCAUAUCGCGAUUGAACCCUCAAGACGCACUUCAAGAGCUCUUGAACGAAGGCGAGGAGUACUGGCAAGGCAUCAUGAAGAAGUAUUUCACCGACGAGCUGGUCAUCAUUGUAGGCUCGCCAAGCAUUAAGUUACAGGAUCAGAUGGCAGAAGAAGAAAAGAACAGAAUAGAAGCUCAAAGGAAGCGACUUGGAGAAAGCGGACUCUCAACGAAAGGAAAGAUUUUAGAGAAGGCGAUCGAGUUUAACGAGCGUCCGCCACCUCCCGGCACGUUGGCCGCCGUGCCGGUCCCCGGCUGCGACAACCUGAAGUGCCACGCCAUCUCGUCCUGGAGCGCCGAGGCUGCUCCCUGUCCGCAUUUCGACCUCUCACAACUGCCCAUGUACGCGAGGGUGCACAGUUUGAAGACCAACUUUGUCUACAUUAACCUAAUCCUCGACACAACUAAAGUGGAUCAGAACACUCGCAAAUGGCUGCCCCUCCAACUGAACGGCCUAGCAGAGUGCCCUGUGCGGCGCGGAGACACCCUCGUACCGCACGAAGAAGUUAUAUCCACCACGGAGCAGCUGACCGUCAUGUUCAGUAACGACAUGGGCUUUGGCAGGCCGGGGAACUUCUCUGUGGGACAGUUUGGCAACUUCAUACAUAUUGAAGUCAGGUGUGAGCCAGGAGAUUAUGAGAAAGUGGUUGAUCACUUAUACGAAGUAUUGUAUGCUGCCGAAAUAACCAAGGAGAGACUGUUAGUGUUCGCGCAGAGACUUAUCAACGAUGUCGCACAGGUGCGCAGAAGCGGACACAAGAUGGUAUACGACCUCCUCCGAGACUCUGUAUACAGCGCCGACAGCAACAUCCACUGGUGCUCCGUACUCCGUCAACAAAAGUUCCUCAAGGAACUCAUAGAAAACCUCAACGCGGGCGGCGACCGCGCCGACGCUGUUCUGAAGGAAGCCAAGAAAUCUUUGAAGUUGUUCACUGAGAAUCUGUGGCUGCACAUGGCGACGGACUUUGAGAGAUACCCGCUGAGCACUGAGCCGUGGAAGAGGUUCCCGGCAGUUGGGAAAGCUCCGCCAUCUCUCUACUGGGACGCAGACCUGCUGAGCGGGUGGGGCGGAGGCUUCGUGGUGGGAGUGGGCGGCGUGGAGUCGUCGUUCCUGGCGGCGCUGAGCCCGGGGCCCAAGGGCCUGGUGCUGGAGCAGGCGGCGCCCUUGCUGGUCGCGCUCAACUACUUCACGCAGCUCGAGGGUCCGAUGUGGCGGCUGAUCCGCGGCUGCGGGCUGUCGUACGGCUACGGCGUGCGGCCGGCCUUCGGCGAGGCGCGCCUCGUGUUCUCGCUGUACCGCGCCACCAACGCCGUGCAGGCCUACACCAAGGCCAAGUCCAUUGUGGAAGAAUAUCUAGCGGAGGGUAAAUUCGACGAGGACCUAUUCGAGUCAGCCAAGAGCACAGCAUUGUUCGAGGUGGUGGAGAAUGAGAAAUGCACCGCUGACGUUGUAUCGCAGUCGCUCCUCAACUACUUCAAACAGGUCUCCGAAAACUACAACAGGGACCUGGUGUGCGCCAUCGCCGCGGUGACGCCGCAGUCUGCGCACGCGGCGGCGGCGCGCUGGCUGCCGAGCCUGUUCGACAUCCACCAGAGCAAGACCUCCAUCGUCUGCCAUCCCAGCAAGGUCAAGGAGCUGCAGGCCACCUUCGAGAAGAUCGAUGUGAAACUGGACGCGUUCGAGUCAAUGGAGGCCUCGCAUUUAAACAAAUAAGAACCUAAAAUACGUACUUGCAUUUACUAUGAACUGCUGCUAUAACAGUAUCAAAGUCAAAUUAUCACCGAACUGUAUACAGUAUUGUUUUAUAUAUUCAAAGAAAUUCAGAAAGAAAUAUUGGGACAUUUUUGUCCAUGUUUCUGCCGUCCAUCAUUUUCCUGCAUUUGUUCACCAGAGCGCAAUUUUAAUAAUGUAAUAAUUUGCGCUUUUACUAAUAAUUAUAAGUGUAACCUUUUUAAUAUUCUAAUAAUUUGUCCCUUUUAGUAUUUUUGGAAAGUUUGUCAGAUUUUUCGAACGAAUGCAUCGAUUAUAUUGAAUUUAAUGAUGUAAUUUUUUGAACUAGUUGCAAAUUUUUCAAAAACUGAUAAUGAUUACAAUUAUUGGCUGUGCCAUUAUAAUAACGUUGAGCGAAUAAAGUAUAUCUUGCAUUUUAACCAUGAAGUUGUCAUUUCAAAAUAAAACCUCAGGUUUUGUGAUAAUGAUAAAGUUUAAUCACCUUUAUCUUAAAGCUAUGUCUAUACAAAAAAAUAUAACUUACAUUUAGUCAGAUAUUUAGUGAACAUCAUUAUAAAUCAUCUCACAACCGCUGCAACACCUUCAACAUAGAAUUCAUACCCAACCAUAGAAUAAUAUCAACUUCAACAUUUAUGCAGUUAUUACAUAAUCCAUCAUAUUCAACAGCAAUACAUUGUAUCCAUAACAAAUGAUAGCGUAAAGGGAAAGAUAUCAUUUUUUCCAAAUAUAUAUUUUUAUUGUUUUAACCUUUCUCUUGCUUUGCAUUUCUGUAUCAGUGAGCUUGUUGUCUAAUAAAUGACGCGACUAAAUACAUUACAAUUUAAACGUUUAUAAGAACAUCACAUUUAUUACCAACUACUAUCCAUUAUGCGCCAUUUAACUCUUAUUUACAUGUGUUUUCAUUUGGACAAAGUCUUUCAAUUUUAAUACUGGUUAGUUGAUCAACCAUCGCCUGAAAUGAGCUUAUAGUAUGAAUGAGGUACAAAAAUAAACUGGCCCUUAAGAUGUAAACCAUUUAUAACCACUCGCAUAGGCCACGCUAAACAAUAUCCCAACCGUUACUGGUGAAAUAUCUAUAUUACGAAUACGAAAUACUCGAGUGAGUACUAGUUACAAUUACAUUAGAAGACAUACAAUUUCAUAUUUACAAUUAGAGAUAAAUUUGAAUAAGGAAAUAAAAUAUUUUCUAAAAUAAUUCAAGAUUACUAAUUUUUAUCUGCAUAUUCAAAUGCAUAUUAAAGCACCAACAUAUGUACGAAAAUACUUUUAGCAUUUAUACAUACGCGUCAUAUGUAAAAUAAUGAUAUACGUACAACAUAGUAACAAGGCGAUUCAAAUCUUCGAAAUGGAAUACGCUACGGUAUUAUCGUAUUAGUACUGGAGUGCUCAACGUUCUUGCUUUUAAGAGAUUUGGUAAACGUCAUAAUUACCUACGCGUAACAGUCUAAAUAUUAUAUUAAUUCACUAUGGACAUCUAGAUACUCGACGAAUAUAAUUAUCCUAAUUAGCUGAACACCUUAACUAAAUACGUUAAUAUUAUACGACUACGUAAUAAUAAAGAGGCGGCCCCAUUUUCUUUACCUAACAACUGUUACACUUAUCUGACGAAUGUCCCAUAGUUAUGUACUUUUUGUACACUUUUUCGCUGCUUUAUAUGACACAGCACCGAACGAAGUAGGAUGACUUACAAUACUGCAUUUAUAUACUUAAACGUAUCAGGUAUACUUGCAAUUUGUGAUGCGAAAGUUGUAAUAUAAGUCACCUUUCUCCUCUCGGCGUGUCAAAUAGUCAAACGUAGCAGUAAGUCGAUGUACACAGAAGUGUAGUGCACCAUCAGUGUUGUUCGUUUAGAAGACAGUGUCUUCGCUCCUCCGUCACGGUUGGGGCUCUCUGGCGGAAUCUCAACAAACCGCCUUACAUAGUUUUUGGAUCUCUUAUUCGCAAAAGGAAUUAUUGAAGCAAUGACUCCUAGUCUAAUAUUAAUCAGCCUCGCUUAUAUCAUUACGACAUUCGACACACGAGUUAUUAAAAUGAGAUACUUACGUGUCAACAUUUACAUCGACAAUUACAAUUACCCCGGUCGUAUAUCGUAACGAUUAUAGCUUCGAUUACACUAGUGAACAACUAAGCAAUAUAUCAAAGGCAGGCACAGUUCGUGUGCGGUAUCGCCUUUUAAUUUGUUCGUUUUAUUGCAAAGUAUUAAUGUAAUCACGGAUAUAAAGAAUAGUUAUCUUAUUCGACGUACAAGGCGAGUCGUUCGGUCGUUAAUGGAUAACUCUACUACCGUUGCGUUUUCUAAUAUUGGCAUAACAUGAUCUUGUCGUUAAGAUACAUAAUGUAACUUAAAAUGAUGCUUGGACCAGCCAGCAACCUAAAUUCAUGUGUAAAUAUAGUAUUUUGGGGUAAAAACGACAGUAGAGCUAUUGUUAUAGAUCUCAAAUACCGUUCAGAUAAAAUUAGAAAGAGGCAAACGAGUCGUUUAAAAUACUUCAGUGAAUGUAUAGUAAAUUAGAUUUUUUUUUGUGAACUUCGAAA